AUGGUUGACACGCUGUUGAUGAUUCUGGGAUUCGUCGGCGCUGUUGGCGAUGGGUUAGCAAUACCAGCCUUUUUCAUGUUCACCCGUGUCAUCUUCAACGACAUAGGUCAGGGUUCCAUCGAAGCGAACGUAAUCUACUUGGUGUAUCUGGCAGGCGGUAGCUUCUUAGCAUCGUUCAUGGAGGGUUACUGUUGGUCGAGAACAGGGGAGCGGCAGGCGUCGCGGAUGCAAGCGCAGUAUCUUACGGCGGUUCUCCGGCAGGAUGUUGAAUAUUUCGACCUGAACGCUGGCACCAGCAGUGAAGUCAUUACCAGCAUCACCAGUGACAGCCUCGUCAUAGAAGACUGCCUAAGCAAGAAGGUGCCCAACUUCAUAAUGAACCGCGCCACUUUGGUCGGAUGCUACGCGGGAGGAUUUUCCAUGAUGUGGCGGCUGGCGCUGGUGGGAUCGCCUACAGCGGUGCUGCUCGUCAUCCCCGGCAUCCUGUACGGCCACAUCCUCAUGGAGCUUGCUCGGAAGGUGCGGAGGGAGUACCAGAAGGCUGACACAGUCGUGGAGCAGUGUGUUUCCUCCAUCAACACCGUUUACUCUUUUGUGGAGGAGGAGCGCACCAUAGCCAAGUUUUCUGCCACGCUUGAUGACUCCGUCAAGCUCGGUCUCCACCAGGGCCUCACGAAGGGACUGGCCGUCGGCAGCAAUGGCAUCAUCUUUGCCAUUAUGGCCUUCUUGGUUUGGUUCGGCAGCCACAUCAUCAUGUAUAACGGCGGCAAGGGCGGCACCGUAACAUAUCCUGAUGCUGAUGCUGAUGCUGAUGCUGAUGUUGCUGCUGAGGUAGUUGAAGUUCUCACAGAAUCAGUGACUUUAAAAGAAACACCUGUACCAACAAAAGUUGCAAGGCUUAUGUUGGUGUCUGAUAUUCUCCAUAACAGCAGCGCUCCAAUUAAGAAUGCUUCUGCAUAUCAUACAAAAUUUGAAGCUACCCUUCCUGAUAUAAUUGAGAGCUUUACUGACUUAUAUCACAGUAUUACUGGAAGAAUCACUGCUGAAGCUUGA